GUCCACGUGACCUCACAUCAGUCCACCCCAGCUCCACUAGGUGGUCGCUUAAUUGCAAAUGCAAAAUGUGGAAUCGUUUGUGUUAUAUUAAAAACAUUAUAUUUUGUGGUUAGGAGUAUAUUAUGGUGUAAAAUGCCAGCUUCAAUUGGUGUUAAUUUACGUGUUACGGGCCACUGCAGCCAAGGGGGUAGAAAGUACAUGGAAGACUUGUUUUCCGUUGCGUAUCAACAAACGGAAGACGAGAGGGAUUUGGAAUAUGCUUUUUUUGGAAUUUAUGAUGGACAUGGUGGAGGUGAAGCAGCAGCUUUCGCAAAGGAGCAUUUGAUGGAUUCUAUUGUGAAGCAACGGCAGUUUUGGUCUGAUAAUGAUGAGGACGUUCUUAAAGCCAUUCGAAAUGGUUAUAUGUUGACCCACUUGAACAUGUGGAAAGAAGUAGAAAAAUGGCCAAAAACUGUAACAGGAUUGCCAAGCACUGCAGGAACAACUGCAAGUGUUGCUUUUAUAAGAAGAGGGAAGAUUUACAUAGGCCAUGUCGGAGACUCUGCUAUUGUACUCGGUUACCAAAAAGAUGGAAGUGAAGAAUGGGCUGCAAAGCCACUUACUUUAGACCAUAAGCCGGAGUCCACAGCAGAAAUAGAACGCAUUCAAAAAUGUGGCGGAAAGGUUGUAUCAAAGGCGGGCGUCCCUCGAGUCGUGUGGAACAGACCCCGUCUUUGUCACAAAGGACCAAUUAAAAAGAAUACUCCUAUGGAUGAAAUACCAUUUUUAGCUGUAGCAAGAUCUCUUGGAGAUUUGUGGAGUUAUAAUCCUCAGAAUGAUGAAUUUAUAGUUAGUCCAGACCCGGAUGUAGGAGUUUUAACUAUAGAUCCUUCUAAGUUUAGGUGCCUUAUUUUUGGUACUGACGGGUUGUGGAACAUGAUAUCCCCAGAAGGUGCAGUAAAUUUAGUUCAAGCUACAGAGAGACAUAAUGAAGCAGCGUUAGUGGGAGGAAAUGCAAGUCAGCCAAGAGAUUGGUUGAACCCUUCGAAAAGUUUAGUGGAUCAUGCUCUAGAGAGAUGGUCCAAUACCAGAAUGAGGGCUGACAACACUUCUGUAGUCACUUUAAUGUUAGAUCCACCUGGGCCUCCUCGUGCCACUGUAUUACGCUCGAGAACGACGGCACAGAAACCACAGACUGCUGUUCCAUCAACAGUACCUAUGUCCAAUGUGGGAGUCUCGACAUUGCCCGCUAAAGUUGAUGAACCAAAAUCAGACGUAGCAGUAGAGAAUGAUACGAGACAGGUUCCUCAGAACGGUCUCACUAUAAUGACAAGGUACUCGGAUGUCGACAAGCCGGUUUCGUCUGGAGAAGACACAGAGCGUGCACCUCUACCGCCCUGCGCCACCCUUGACGGUCGCUUUUCAGUAGGCCAUAGAGAAGAGACAGUACGGGAGGAAAAUAGUAGCGACAAUGGUUCAGAAGUAAUCAGCAACUAUGGAAAUCCCGCGGAGUCAUACUUUAUGGCUCGUCUAUUAAACCGAACACGCGUAAUCAACACACUGUCGGAGGUCUAUGAUGAAAUCAUCAAUGGCCACAGACCCAAGGCGGCAUCAGAAUCCCGACAAUCAUCUCCGCCGUCUGGCACUGAGUUACCCGAAGACGGUGGCGGUGAUGCAAGUGGCCGCGCUCCGCCCUCAGUGCCUUCCGCGUCACACGAACGCUCAGGAGCCAACGGAGCCGGAGAACCGACGCGCGGGCCUGAUGAAGUCGGAAUACAGAUCAACGAGGUCUCGUCCAGCUCACCCACUGACGGUCCACCGAGAGCACGCGGUCGCCGUUACCGCGCGGAAGUGCGCCGGGACGCCCCGCCCGCAACUAACGAUCGGGUACUUCGGUCUCAUCAUGAGAUCGAAACACCACAACGUCCUCGCACGAGGCUCAACACGACUCGUGCUCGCCCGCUCGGUGAUGCCGCGCCGUUAGACCGCAUAGUUAUUCUCAACAGACGGGGACACCCACCUUCAACGCCGACCACGCGCGUGGGGCAGGUCGCUCCGCGUCCGCCACCGCGGCGCGCUGUUCUUGUUCCCGAGCCUGAAAUUGAGCACACAGACGGAGUCGCGGAGGAGGCUCGUCGCGCGACACGCUCCCAGGCGGCGGCCGCUACGCCGGCGCCGCGGGCCACUCGUGAAGUCAAAAGCGGUGGAGUCGCGGGAAACUCGCCGCGCGCCCCGGGGCCGGUGCGGCGGGCCCCGGCGGCGCGGGGCCGCUCCAAGGAGAACCUCGGCGUCGCUCGCCGCCGCGCACGCGCCUGCGCCGCGCCCGCCUCGCCCUCGCCGCCCUCGCGCCCGCCGCCGCGCCCGCGCCGCGCCGAUAGUGCGGUCGAGGAACCAGAGGUUCACUCAACAACGGGCGAGGCGGGGCCGGCUGCGGGUCCGGAGCGCGCCCUCAGGUCACGCAAUGAGCCAGCGGCGCUGUGUUCGCGGGCUUCGUGCAAGAGACGUGCCGGUGAGGAGUUGACGAAUGGCGGCAAGGUCGCUCGUGUGUCACUUGGCAAACGGGCCUCGGGACCGUGGGUGCCGGCGCCGGCCCUCGCGCUGCGCAACCGCCUCCGACGGAGACUCGUCAAGUAGGCUUCACGACGAUGGUUUUUAUGGUUACCUGUGAGUAUGCUGGGUUACAACGGUGCCUUCUAGUACUGCCAAAGUACAUUGACUAAAUAUUGGGAGUCGAAUUACGACUUCACCUGCGCCCUCCUUGAGGGAUCCAAAGAUGACUGCAUCGUAUACGGUUAGAUUGCUGUUGUUAUUUUUUAUUAUACCACUAGAUAUGUUUCAGUUUUAGUUGAGCGUAAAUGAUUAUAGCUUUUUUCAUUUUCCUUAUUUGAUUUCGUUUUUGCUAUUCAGUAUAUCUGGACUGUUUCCCAUUCGGUACAUUAAAAGUUAUAAUUAAUAAGUCAUGGUACACAGUAACCAAUAGUACAAAGAAAUAAAUUGCGUAGUUAACUAUAAAAAGAAAUCGUGGACCAGGCAGAUUUAUUUAGCCUUUAUAAGUAACUAUUUAUUUUGUCUAUAUUUAUAGCAUCUAUCAUGUUGCAUUUAAUUUUAGACAAAUAUGAAAAUUUGAUUUUCAUUCUGAUCAUGUCAAAGCAGAGGCUACAAAAAGCAUGAUAUUGUAGUUCACAUUAAUAACAUUCUAUUAAAAAAUGUUUCUAGCCAAAUGUUUAAUUUACAUAUAUACAUAGAUCACAGAUAUACCAAGAGUGCUUUUCUAAAAGAAUGUUAAGUAACUAUAAGAUUAGAAAAUAUAUUGAUAUAUGCUGAAUAUUUUUUGUACACUCAUCAUCAAAUUAGUUGUGUAAAUUAAUUAUAAAAAAAUAUAUUUUGUAUGAAUGGUAAAGUAAGUAAGUUACAGAAGUUAUUCUUUUAAGAAAGGAAUUAUUUAUGUAUUUCCUAAACAAGUUUUAUAUUAUAAUUGGUAGUUCCACUCUGGCAUCUUGUCUAUCGAGAGAAUGAAUUAUGUUUUCUGUUUUUCAGAUUUUUCAGUAUGAACAUAAAAUAAAUCUUGUUGCAUUAGUUUUACAAAACUCUUGGUGCUUGUAAUAUCUUUGUACUAAAUACAAAAUAUUAAAAAUAAAAAUUGUGACAUACCAACUAUUCUAUUCUAUAUUUUAUUUAAUAUGUUGUGAUCACGGAACCAUUGAUUAUAUUAAAGACCAAAAGGGUUUUUAUGUACUGGAAUUUUGUUGAGUAAUUAAUUUUAUAAUAAAACUGUUAUUAAAAAUGAUAUAUCAUUAUAUUCUAAGUAAGGUGAGAAAGAUCUAACUGUUUAAAAAGUCCAAGGUUGUACAUAUGUAUGUAUACAUAUAGGGAGAGUAAAUAAUAUGUAAUAUAACGUGCCUGUUUGUUACCCACUAAACAACAAAAAUAUAGGUAAAUAAAGUAUUCUUUGAUAAAAUGAGAUAUUAUGUAUUUUUUAUUAAAAACAAAUUUUAUGAAGAUGUGUAACUAGGUGUAACAGAUGAUAUAAUAUAAUUUGUUAAGAUUUAUGUGUUAAGGUUUUUAGUAAAAUUCACAUUUAUUAUAUAAGGAAAAGUAUGGGAGUCCUAACAAGAGGAAUUAACAACGGCUACAUUUUACUUAUAAAAUGUAUUAAAAUUUAUUAAGUCCUUUAUUUUAAUUUAGAUGGUUUAUAACGGAUCUAAAUUAAUAAUAUUUGUUAGCAUAUCGUAUUUCAAUAAUUUACAUUAUAUUAUAUAACUUGAAGGACUUAGUGAAAUAUGAAUUUUGACAAACAGCGUCGAUGUAGCAGAUUCCCAUACGUUUUAGUUAAAAGACCCAGUUUGUUUUGUUCCGUAAAGAAAGAGCUGUAUUAAGUUAAUAAUUUACAAGAAUGCACUAACAGUUGUUUUUAUUGGGGCAAAGUAAAAAGCUGGUUCCUCAAGAAAAAUGCUUAUUUGGAUGUGGGUAAAACUGAAAACAAAUGUAUAACUAUACACCUAUGCAUUAAUACCUAUUGAAGUAAACAUUAAUGUAGGCUUUAUUUUUUGAUUUAAAUAAAGUUUGUAUGAAAUAAAA